UAAGUGAUUAUUUCAAGCUUGAGAACUUUAGUUUAGUAGUUUCUGGUCAUAAACUAUUAGCUAAUAUUCUUAAAUUAAUUAUAGAUGCUCAUUUAAUCUUUAUUAUUUACUUUUUAUCUAUUUGUCAUCAAAUCUCUUUUCAGGAUCUGAGCUAAAAAGAUAUUAAUAGAAGAUCUAAUGAUAUCUCCCCCAUUUAAACAAGGAAACUCCUAUAAAUUUGAUGAUGAUUUACAAAAAUUCAUAGCAACAGAGGAAAACCCUAAUAGUAAAAGUGCAACUCAGAAGAGAAAAGAGGAAGAUGGAAUCCUUGACAGAUGAUCUAUGGACGAUGGUACUUGCGAGAUUACCGAUUAAGAUCUUCACAUGUUUCAAACUUGUUUGCAAGCAGUGGAAAUCAAUCCUAGAGUCUCCGUUUUUUCGUAACCUUUUCAUGUCCGUCCACCAAAACUCUCCCUCUUCUUCAUGGUCGCUCAUGUACUAUAGUAUGACCGCAGAUAUGGUGGCUGACUAUGAAUGCGACACUUGGGGACUGAAUCGACCUUUGAAUUCUUUCAUCAAGUCUCUCCUAUUCGACAAGUACGAUAAGCACAAAAACCGACACUUCAAUGUGGUGGCUUACUCCGAUGCUGGGUUGAUUUUGAUCCAUACAGAGUCAACCGACAUCGAGAAGGGAGUCCUCUACUUGGCUAACCCCGUUUCACGGGAAUGCGUAGAAAUCUUUCUUGAUCCUCGUCCUAUAGGUAUUGAAAUGAACAAAUAUUGCUGGGAAUGGGGACUUGUCACACGAACUGAGCACGGCCACCUUUUGGGUUACAAAGUUGUUGCCUUUCAUAAAAAGUGGAACGACACGGAGUUAAGUUGUCUGAUAUAUUCAUCUGAGACAGGCAUGUCGAGUCUGGAAACUUCCGUUGUCAACUAUAAUAUUUCUCUUCUUUCAAUUAGCUUGAACGGUAAUCUUCACUGGCUCGCCCUGAACAAUGACAAUCAAGAAGUUGUAUUAUCCAUGGAUUUCUAUGCUACUGGCAGGGGUUCUAAUCGAUGUCGCGUUUCGCCUUUUCCUGACUUAGAGAAAACUACCAAAUUUAAAAGAACUUGCACACCUUGUCAAGGGUUUCUCAUGUAUAUGAACAUAACCAAACUGGAUGGAAGCCUAGAAGAUAAGUUGUGUGUAUGGAGGCUUCGUAGCGAGGGAUGGCAACUAAUAUCUAAAACCUCCCCAGGUUCUAUCUUGACCGGUUUCGACUAUCUUCCGAUAACGAUAGACCCCUUUGAUGCGAAAACAGCCUACUUUUGGAGCACGGAACAAGAAAGCUUGCUAUAUAUUAAUUUACACAACGGUAAGUUUGUGAUCCACAAUCAGUUUGAACAUACAAGCGACGGUCACAUUAUGAUUUCCCUUAACGACCCGAGAGCUAUGGUUUCUGUCAAAAGCCCGAUAAUUAUAAAUCACAUCAUCAAACAAGCAUACUUUCUCCCUUUUGUUCUCCCACAAUGGCUGUAUCGGAUCCCUUAAUAGAAGAAUAGAAAUGAUAAGGAAAAAAAGAAAUUGAGUAAAAGAACUGAAACAAGGAAAACUUGUUACUUAUUAUUUUCCCAAAUUUCCCCCCAAAUUUGAUUAAAAAAAAGUAAAUUUGUUCAAUAAUUUCUUAAACAUUAAAUAAAUUAUAAAGAAUUCAUAUGUAAAAAGUUAUUUUUUGUAAAUGGUGUAAAUUCUAGAGA